CACCAAUAAAUUGUUUAAACAAUUUCGAGGACAUCUCUUCAGCUCCUCUGUUGUCCUAAUAGAAAAUAUUAACAAAAUAUAUAACAAAAUGUCUCUACGCACAGUUAUAAAACUCAUUAAUUCAAUAACCACCGAGCUCAACAUUAUCCAAAGUUUAGUUUUUAUGAUAUGUCUCUGCACCCACAAGUUCCUCAGUUGUCGAUUUAUUUUAGAUACGGGACUGGCUAAUUUUCACUUGGUCUGAACCAUUGUCCAAUAAAAAAAUUCAAUCGAAAUGGAAGUUCUUGUCGUAGGAAGGCAGAAACUGCGAACCACGUUUUACUUGUUGUUGUUUCUGAGUUCCUGAUAAAUACACGUAACGAAAUCCGUCAUUACAGAAUCAAAAUUCACCACGUUUGCGGCUCACGUCCGAAUGAUUUUGGAAAAAAUUGGCGGAAUAAUUUGCACUGUGGAAUAACGAGUCAGCGUUUUUUUUAAGUUUUUUUUUACCGUUUUUACAUAGAUAAAAUAAAUUAAGAGGUCAUUGUAUCUAUUUUUCGUAAAAAAAAUAAAUUUCUCGAAUGCCUAAAAAAUGGGUCCUAAAUCCUAUUUUAACGACAGCUAAGGAAUUCAGCUUUUAUAACAACCUGUUUCUAGAAGUGCAUCCGAGUUUUACUUUAAUUUCAGGAUGUUAGCAAUUAUUUUAGAGAUCUUGUUUAGCAGGUGGUUUCGAUAAAUUGUUUUUACAGCGCACUCAUUAAAUUCAAUGCAAGUCUUUGAGGAUUUGGGCAACCUAUUUCUCGAUUACUGUUAUGUCUUCUGUGCUGCACCACAGAUUAGGUAAAAUGCUUGGCUUUCGUAUUUUGCGUUUUAGGUUGUGUAUGUGGUCGUUAUUUUUGUUGAGAAAAAUUGUAUUACAUUACAUUAUCUUUUAUUGAGAUAAACGUAGAUUUUGGCUUCCUAAAAUUUGACUAACGCAAUGGAUUCUGGGACCGUGAAACCGUUCCUUCGAGAGAUGUUCCCUAACGCAUCAGACCGAGUCAUCGAUUUUGUAAUGCAAGUAGUUGAGGAACAAAAUCCGUGGGAUAGUCCAGAUGAAAAAAUUGAAAAUAUGGUAAAUUUAAUGUCUGGCCAGUUAGAAGAUGAUAACCCCUGCAGCACACUGAACUCAUUCCCUGUAUCCGAUUCUGUACCUAUGCGGUUCGGAAAUCAUAGUGGACAUGAUAGAGCAUUGAAUGCCAAUUACAAUCAUCUCAUUAAUAUUUUUGGCGAUGCCGAUCCUGACUUCCUGUGGGACUACUGCCAAUCAAAACAAAGCAGAUUUAAUAUGGACGAUGCUAUUGACUAUUUAACUCAGGCUGAUUACAAAAAACGGGAUAAAGAUCCUCUGGUAAUCUUCAAUAGGUUACAGGAGGCUUUGCCCGGAGCCGAUCCGAGUUACUUAGAAAAGGAGGCAGAAAGAUUAGCGCUUUUGGGUAGUGCAGAGUUGGAACAGUUUGUUAGUGAUGCCAUUGAAAAUAACAGUUACCCAACUAUGGAGGAUUAUCUUAAGCAGAAAAAAGACAACGAGGCAUUAAAUUUCUAUACAGACCAAUUCGAUCCAGAAUUAUUUUUGGAACUGUUUCCGAACCCCGAAAUGACGUUCCGACAACCCACCAGAAAAUCUUUCUUCUCUGAUGAAUUAGGAGGAAACGAGGGCGACGUAAACUGUGCCAAAAUAUUCUUAUACAACAUGUACCCUUUUAUUCGUAAGCGACACAUAGAUUUGGUGUUUGCUAGGAAAAAGGACAGACUGAUUGAAUGUUGCGAUGUAUUGGACACGAUUAGGAAGGGUCUCAGGAAUAAACGUUCAAUGGAGGUGGAGCUGAAAACCACAAAUCUGCCACUUCUUCAAGAGAUGGCUUACUUGAAACAUCGCAGGAUGAUUAAACGGUUCAUAAAAUAUAAGGACGACACUUACAGACAAUGUAAGGAAGAAGCCAGAAAACUGAACAUUUUGGAGACUUGCCGCGUGUGCUACGACGACGAGCUCAUCCCCGAAGAAUGCUUUGUCUGCGGCGCGGGUUGCAUAUUCUGCAAGGACUGCGUCCAAAAGGGUGUUGAGACCAGAAUCGCGGAUGGCCACCUGACGUUUCCCUGUUUCGAGGACUGCGGUUCGGAAUUCGGUCUCAAUCGAUUACAGAUGGUGCUGCCGAAGAAAACUUUCGAACGGCUAGUGUUGCGCGUACAGAGCGAGGAAAUCAAGCGGGCCAAAAUCGAAGGUCUCGAGACGUGUCCGUUUUGCGAUUUCGCCGCUAUCCCGGUUGAGGGCAGCACCGUCUUCCAGUGCGAGAAUCCCGACUGCGGAAAAGAGUCGUGCCGACAGUGUGGCCACGAGUCCCACAUCCCCGCCAGGUGCAGCGAGGUCGAGUAUGACGAAGACGUGCGUCGGCGCACCUUUAUCGAGGACAAGAUGACUGAAGCGUUAACGAGGACGUGCUACAGCUGCCAAAAGAAGUUCAUAAAAUCCACCGGUUGCAAUAAGAUGACCUGUCCGUGCGGCGCCAUGAUGUGCUAUCUCUGUUCGCUGCCUAUAACAGCGUACUCUCACUUCGGCUUGGGUGGAUGUGCCCUUUUCACCAAUGACAGCCAAGUCAAUUUGUCCCGAGUUAAGGAAACGGCCGCCAAAGCCAAACAGGAACUGGGCAAUGUCGAAGUCAAAUUCGAUCCCACCGUUGGAAUUCUCUCUCUAUUCAGCUCUGCUAUUCGAAUAUAAAUUGUUGGCCUCAAUACUAGGGCAGACACCAUCUGCUUUUAAAAUAUGAUCUAAAUGCAGCACAUAUUAAGGACUCGUCGGUUCCCUUUGAUAACAGUUAUUGUAUUCUACUUUCUAGAUGUGCCCUUUUCACCAAUGACAGCCAAGUCAAUUUGUCCCGAGUUAAGGAAACGGCCGCCAAAGCCAAACAGGAACUGGGCAAUGUCCAAGUCAAAUUCGAUCCCACCGUUGGAAUUGAACAUUUUUUUUAAGCUUUUACUUAAGUUGAUUUUUAUUCGUCGAAAAUUGGUAAACUUGUCUUAAGUUUUUAAAAGAUUAGGGUCGCCAAUUUAUUUCUAUUUUUUCUUGUCAAUAAAUGUGCGUUCAAGGAAUUUUGGAUUUAGAUUAAUUUUUUUGGGCUAAAGAUUUAAGGCCAUUUCUUGGAUCAAUGGGUUUGUUCUUGUAUUAGUGGUUGAGCCAUCCAUAAACUUAAUGAUUCUUCUGAAUAAAUAAUAUUUUAAUAAGUAUAAAUAUACUAUACAUUCACUUCUUGUGAGUACGAUUUUUAAUGUAUUAAUUCUUCUGUUGGGUGCCAAACAUUUUUUACUUUGAUUUGCUAUUGUGAUAAUAAAUGUAUGCAAUACUUGUAUGCGUUUUUGAUUUUAUCUUACAAACACGUGUCAUCAUACAAGGUGUUUAGAUUAGAAUACAGUGAAACCUAUUUUUACACCAACAUUUAGUUGGAAUAAAAAUUCAUUCAAGGAUCUAUCAUAUACUUCUAUUUUCUACUCUUGAUCUUGCUUAGACGUAACCCAAACUCAGUAAAUUGCCUACUAUCUCAAAUAAAAUUACGUGCAAGCUUUUAACAGACAUCUACUAACAUAUACAAAUUUUCAAUUUAAUCUUAGACAUUUUAAGUUUUAGGGAUUUCGCCACAUUAACUUUCACUUAUUUCCAUUAUAAAAUGCCACAACCCUCACAUAAUUAAAUUGUUUAAAGGAUGUGUUAAAACAUACAUACAUCAAAAACACUUAUGAAGCUAAAAUUUCGCGAAUUAAUUUACAAUGCCAGUACAAU